CUUUUCUGACAGCUCACAGUUCUGGUUCGUGUUUAUUCUGAAGUGACGUUCAAUAUUAAAGUUAGGGAGGGCACGGCGACGAACAAAACUUUGUUAAAUUUCUCGUGAAUUUACAAAGUUCUCGGGCGCUUCGAAUCGAUUAUAAGUUAAGGAACACAUACAAAGAUGUUGUCGAUACGAAAUUUCAUUGUGGCGCUAUUUCUUCUCUACUUCAAACAAACCGCUGACUGUGUCGAAUUAACCUUCGAGCUACCGGAUAAUGCGAAGGAAUGUUUCUACGAGGAGAUUCGCAAAAAUCAGUCGGCCGUGCUGGAGUUCCAAGUCAUUACGGGCGGCCAGUACGACGUCGAUGUGAUUCUGCAAGACCCGCAUAAGACUACUAUUUACGAGCAAAACAAAUCGCAGUAUGACACGCACCCGUUCACGGCUGAGACGACCGGUAUUUACACAGUCUGCUUCAGCAACACAUUCUCGACGUUCUCACAUAAGCUAAUCUACAUGGACUUCCAAGUGGGCGAGGAGCCUGCUCUACCCAACAUUGAUGAGCAUGCUACUGCACUGACCCAGAUGGAAUCCUCAGCUCAAAACAUCCACCAGAGCUUGAAUAAAGUGCUUGAUUUUCAGACUCACCAUCGGCUAAGGGAAGCUCAAGGCCGCAAACGAGCUGAAGACAUCAAUGAACGUGUAAUGUGGUGGGCUGUUCUGGAGACAGCGGCUGUUCUCUGCAUUACCAUCGGACAAGUGGUGAUCCUGCGAAACUUCUUCACAGACCGAAAGCCAGUCCAGUCACAUUACUCGGGAAAACUUUGAAAUUCAUAAUUCAUAACGGUCCCCAUGAAAUCCCGCAAAAUCCAACCGUGAAUUUACUUAGUUUCAUUUAAUUAUAUAAAUUAAAAUCCUCUUUACUGGUGUGUAUGUUGUGUGGUGUCCUUGUUAGUAUCAAUAAGGCUAGAGAAACAUGUAUAAAACGCUUAAAGCAGAUCUAACCCAAGACCUGAUAAGUAACAAACAAGGGAAAGAAAUAAAGUUUCGUAAAAGCGUGAACUAAAUAA